AUGGCUGCGAGGGCACCCGUGAGGACCUGCCUGUUCCUUGCCCUUCUCGUCCAGUUGCCAGGCACACUGGCCAUUUGCUACUUCCAUGCGCAAGCCCCCUGCCUCUACAAGGGGAAGCCCAUCGCUCCUGGCGAGUCCUGGCAGGAUGUCAACUGCUCCAAGUGCUUCUGUCUGCACCCCCUCGGCGUGGGCUGCUGUGACACGAUGCAACCCCCAGCCGACUUCCCCGACGGGUGCGAGGUGCACUACGACUCCCGGGCCUGCAAGGUCUCCCUGGUGCAGAAGGCCCAGCCUGGCCUGCCAUGUCAGAACCACCUGGAACGCAGCUGGGGUUCCGGGCACCCCCCAGAGCCGCCCGGCAAGCAGGGGCCCAAGACGUGGCUGGGCAGGUAG